AUGUAUCUUUUUAUUAUGUGCAGCGAGGAUCAGUUGAUUCUCGCUUACCUCCGGGAUAAGGCGGAGGUGGAGGUGCUGGAGGAUGCGUGCGAGGAGGAGAUGGAAGAGCUCGUCCCCAACCCUUCUACCCGGACCCUGCUGCCCCUGCGAGCAAGGACAGCAAUGCUUCCUCCUCUCCAGCUGAGGAGUAGGAGGAGGAGGAGGAGGAGGAGGAGGAGGAGGAGGAGGAGGAGGAGGAGGAGGAGGAGGAGAAGGAGGAGGAGGAAACUGAGGAGGACACGGAGGAGGACACGGAGGAGGAGGAGGACUCGGAGGAGGACUCCGAGGAGGACUCCGAGGAGGACGAGGAGAAGGAUGAGGAGGAUGACGAGGAUGAGGGUGAGGAGGAAGGGGGUGCGGUCGCGGAGGAGGUGGGGAGUGGAGCGGGAUGGGAGGAUGAUGGCGACGAGUAGUGGGCAGAAGGGCGAUAUGAUGGGGAGGAGGUGGAGAUCUGGGUUGCUGGACAGGAUUAGGAUGAUAAUGUUCCUGUGCAUGUGCGGUCAUGGGUGUGUUGUCUCUCCCUUAACAUGGAAUAUGACAAUUAUCCAUUGCAUUCGCUGA